AAUGUUAUUUUAAAUGUCAAAAACUAAACUUCUACGUUAGCUAACAACAACUGAACUUUUUGUUUUGGGUGUAACCAUUACAGAAAUUUUUAGCUUUUUAACAAGCCCCAGAGCUGCCUUUAUUCUGAAAAUCUGGACUUUUGAGAGAAUCUUUAUUUGGUCUCAAAGUUGUCUCCUGCAUGUCUUAAGUUGUGUUCAGUUUACAAGCCCUUCAGAGUAAAAGCGUUUGUGUUUGAAGUUGUUAAUGUCGACACAACAACACAAAGACGCGUUUUAACUCUUUCUGUGGACGCGUCACUUUACUGUUCUACUGAUUCAGAUUCCUAAUGUUUGGUUGGAUUAAAUUUAACUUAACUUCAUGCUUUUAUUUCAGCGGGAAUAGUCUCAGUUUGGAAUAAAAUGGUGGAAAUCUGAGGAAACUUUAGUUUAAUCAGCUCCAGUUUAUUGAUUAAUUGCUUUAUUUUUUAACAAUUUCCUUGAAAAAUAAAUAAAUAAAUAAAAACCAUAAAAAACAAUUUAAGAUUUUAUUAAUCAAUUGAAGAAGUGAAACUAUAUAAUGUCAUUUCUAUUAUGUUUUACUUUCUUUUUCUGUUGACUUUAUUGUUUCUGUGCUAAAAACAGCUCUCAUCAAGUUACAAAUGAGGAGAAAUGUAAAUUUAAGGUAAAAAUCGUAACUAUUUAACAUAUUUAUGAACUUGAUAUAUAGCAUUACCUGCUAUAAUACUACAGUGGAUGCUGGAGCUGAAUUUGGCUGCUGAAGAUGCUGAAACUUAUGGCUGAAAAUAGAGUCUAAUGAAGCUGAAUCUUGGAGCCAGCUAAUAUGUUAGCUAAAAUUCCAUAUUAGCCUAAAAAAACUUAGGUUAGCCAAAACAGCUAGCAUGUAGCUGAAAUAUUAGCUAAACCCCAAAUCAGCCUAAAGAUCCAAAUGCAAAGCCGGAUCCGGAUCCUCCAUCAGCUGACAGGAGGAGGUGUGGCUGCGUCCCUCAGGUGAGGGUGGAGGAGGCGCUGCUGUAGCGUGGUGGGGGUGGAGAGCCGCUGCUUUCUUCCCGCUCAUCCAUGCGUGCUGAAAUUCCUCUGGCGUGGAGGACGGGGCUUCGCUGAGGCGGCAGAGACGAGCCGGCGCUCCUCGCCGUGACCUCAGUCGCUCGCCGCUGCAGGACGGGGGGGCUCCUCCAGCGCUGAAGCUGACCCAGAUUGGGCCUUCGGGGUGGUGUUUGUGCUCCAUCCUCCUCUGCUUUGUCUCCUGCUCCCCCACAGCCAUGUCCUCCUCGGAGAUGCCCUACUUCUGUCCUCGCUGUGGAGACCGCUGCCGCUUCCCGUCCGUGCCGGAGCUGCGGGCGCACCUGGUCAGCCGGCACACCUAUGAGACCCUGCUGCUGCUCUCACAGGCUCGGGUCAGAAGUUCUCGUCCCGCCGGGCUCCUCCCCCUCCCCGGUCCGGCUGUGACCCAGAGCUCAGGCUCCGCCCCGGCCUCGGAGUCCUCGGGCCUUCCUCCACCCCUGUCCUGCCUGGACAUUGCCUCCUCGUCUGCCUCCCUUCAGCUGCUCAGGCAGAUGUUCAGCCCCUCAGACCCGGUUCUGCUGCCCUCUGGAGGUUCAGAAGAACCCUCCUCUGCUCUGGUCCCUUCUGGGUCGGUGGACCAGUUCCCAGCACAGAAACUCAGGCAGGUGGAGGUCUGUCUGGGUCUGGACCUUCUGCCGUCGGUGCGGAUCGGGCUGGAAGAGCGGCUGGGUCUGGGCCUGGAUCAUAAAAUCGCUCGAACGUUCGCAGAGGUGGAAGAGAGGGUGAACCAACGUGUGGGGCGACUGAAGGCGGAGCUAAACAAAAGGGAGGCGGAGCUUGAGUGGGAGAGACGAGACAGAGAACGACUGAAGAGUGAGAAGAAGGAGGUGGAGGAGAGGGCGGCGUUCCUCUCCAGACAGAUAUCUGCUGCCGUGGAGAUGAUGGAGCGACUGAAGAAAGACCUGAUGAGGAAAGAUAAAGAGCUGAGAGAGCGACAACAGGAGGUGGAGAACAUCGAGGACUUCCUGAGAGUGAUGGCGGAGAAGGAGGCUGACGCCAAAAGCCGACUGCAGGUGGUCUUCAUCGAGAUGCUGCUGGAACGAGCCGACCGUGCAGAAAGACACCUGCUGCUGCUCGCCUCUAACCACGCCCACUACGCACUCCCGAAGGCGUACUCGCCCGAAGCGGGGCGGGGCGGGUGCAGUCUGGAUGGAAGCAAGGACGGCGUUGUGUCCGGAAGGUUGCAGGACGCCAUCGGGAACAGGAGGAGCUACAGCGUGUCGGGCUCCUGCAGGCUGGAGGAGCAGCGGUACCACAGCAGCCUGACCAGACAGAUGAGGACUUUGUCUCUGGGCUCGGGGGGCUGGGACUGUGAGGGAUUGUCCAACCUGCUCCACACGGGUCACUGCGGUCCGGCCUGGACUCAGAGGGACCGAGACGGGCGGAGGGACCGGUUCUGGGUGGAGGAGGAAGGAUGGGGAAGAACAUGGAGCAGAAGAAACCGUCGUCACCACAGCACUGAGGAGGAGGAGGAGGAGGAGGAAGAGGAGGAGCUGUGGAGCAGCACUGAGAUGAGACGGUUAGCCUGUAGGAGGACUUACACACCUGGAUCAGAUAGCCCCUCCUCCCUCCUCUCCACCCCCUCCCGUCACUAUGGAGACCGGCAGCUGGGGGUCGGCUCCCUGAGGAUGAGGGCGGGGCUUUUCUGCAUCUUCCCAUAUUUGGACGUGCGCUCGUUGCUGCGUGCCGCUGAGGUGUGCUCUGAUUGGCGCUUCGUUGCCAGACAUCCGGCGGUUUGGACACGAGUGCGACUGGAAGACGGCAGAGUGUCGGCUGAUUUUCUGAACACUUUGUCUCAGUGGUGCUCACAAACCCAGAGCCUGGUUCUGAAGAACCUGAAACCUCGAAACCGACGGGCAGACGAGACCCGAGAGGACCACCACAAACACACACGGGGAUCCUUGGAGCCGGGGUUGGAGGCGCUGCUGCGGUCAGCAGGGGGCAGUCUGCUCCAGCUGUCCAUCGUCCAGUGUCCACACGUUCUGACCGACAGAACUCUGUGGAUCACCAGCUGCUACAGCCGGAACCUGCAGGUGCUCGUGUACAGGAGUUCUUCAGAUCCUCCGGGCCCUGAGGUUCUCUGGGCUCUGGGAGCCGGUUGCAGGAACAUCAGCAGCCUGCAGGUGGCGCCGGUGCAUCCAUGCCAACAGCCGACUCGAUUUGGGAACCGCUGCCUGCAGACAAUUGGUAGAUGCUGGCCACACCUCCACAUUCUCAGUGUGGGCGGGGCCAGCUGUAGCACUCAGGGAUUGGCUGCUGUAGCUCAGAGCUGCUCGCAGCUGCAGGUUCUGGAGCUGGAGCGCAUUACCGACCUCAGCCUGCAGGCGGCGACAGAGCUCUGCAAGGCGGGCCUGAGGGGCCUGCAGAUGCUGGUCCUGACGCACACGCCCGUCAGCGGUCAGGCCAUCCUGCACUUCCACACCCCUUGUGUGACUGUGUUUGACACUCCUGCUCUAAAGCCAGGAAUGCUCAGGUCGUCUUCAGGUCACGAUCAAAGCUCCGCCCUCUACCUGUGCAGGUGUGUGCAAGAACAUCCGGUCCAUCGUCGUGGAGGUCUCAGCUGCAGAUUACUUCGAGGAGCCGGACUCUCAGGAAGCUCAACACCUGUUUGGAGAAAUUCUCAGCACACUGAAGGUUCUCCAGACGCGUCCAGGUCUCAGCGACAUCCUGCAGGUCAAAGUUCAGGGAUUCUGCUGACCUCAUUCUUCUUCUGUUCCUCUAAAUCAGGACCUUCAGAGACUUUUCUCAUUCUGACCUCAGAAGGGAGAUUCUCAGAGGGACAGCAAAUCAAACUAAGCAUAAUUCUGUUCUAUUGCAAAAAAAAGUUUGAGUCUCUGAUUUUAAAGGUUUUUUGUACGUUUUUAUUUACUUUUAUUGAGAAAAAAUCAAGUAAAUCAGGAGAGAGAAUGUUUCUGGGAAGAAUCUGUAGAAACUGCCUCACAUUCAUUACUAAUAUAGUGACUGCAAGUGUGGAGAACCAGAUGAAACCAUGUUCAGGAUCUGAGCCAACCUGAGCAUCUGAACUGUUCCUGAAGACAGUAACAUUGAAAUCAGAGUCAAUAAGACCUGUCGCCCGCAGCACGCCCAUAGAAAAAGUGAACAUUUUCUCUCUAUGGCUUCACUGAGAGGUCUACGGCCUUCAUAUUUCAUACAUUUCACCUGCGUGAUCCGUACAGAUUUGACCCUUUUCUCCUGCACACGGCCCACAUCCACCUGUGAGGACAGUUGGGACUAAAAUUAAACUAAAUCAGUUUUUGAGUCGCUGUGUCUCUGAAAACACGACUCUCAACUAGUGAUGUAGUCACCUUUGAACCCCAGUUUCCUCUUGUUUCCACACAAACGUCCCAGCACUGAUCCUUUGAUUAAAAAAAACCCAAAACACUGAGUUCUUGUUUAUCCUGGACAAGCCCCCAAGAUGCCCCAAACCCACAAAAACCUUAAAGAAGGAAUCAAACUUCUCCUUUAAAGGGGAAG